AUGUCGAUGCCACCCAAUUGGACCGAACAUAAAGAUCCCUCUACUGGGAAAACCUUCUACUACAACACUGUGACGAAGGAGACGCAGUGGACCCGGCCUCUUGGAGCUCCAGGAACUCCUGGCCCACCAGCCCCACCAGGGGCUGGCACCCCCAAGGCACCUCUGGCUCCGUCCAUUGGUAUUGGCAGACCUGUGGGUGCGCCCUUGGCGCCAUCAGCUCCGGGUGCCCCCAAGAUCCCUGGCAGUCCCUCCCCACCAAUCCCUGGCAGCCGCCCGACUAUCUCCACCUCCUCCUCCCCUGGGCCGUUGGGGGCGCCGCCGCCACCUGGGGGAAGGCCCACAGCAGUGUCCAUCGCGUCGCCAUCGCCAGCGGCACCCAAAGCACCCUUGGCACCAGCAGCACCUGGGGCACCCUUGGCACCGAAACCAGCCAUUGGAGCACCACUGGCACCAGGAGCACCCAGAGCUCCCAUGGCUCCAGCAGCACCGGGGGGGCUUCCACCUGAUUGGACGGAGCACAAAGAUCCAACCACGGGGAAGACCUACUACUACAACAAGCUGACGAAAGAAACCACCUGGACCAAGCCAGCUCCGAAGUUGGCGGCUACUGCACCAUUGGCACCAGGUGCUCCAAAAGCACCGGCAGCACCGGGAGCACCGCCUGCCCCUGGUGGGCUCCCUCCUGAUUGGACAGAGCACAAGGAUCCAGUGACAGGCAAGACAUACUACUACAACAAACUAACAAAAGAAACAACAUGGGAAAAGCCCAUUUCAAAGCUGGCAGCCACUGCCCCCCUAGCUCCCAAAGCACCAGCAGCACCCGGAGCACCGCCUGCCCCUGGUGGCCUUCCUCUUGAUUGGACAGAACACAAGGAUCCAGUGACAGGCAAAACGUACUACUACAACAAACUGACAAAGGAAACGACAUGGGAAAGGCCUGUUUCAAAGUUGGCAGCCACUGCCCCGCUGGCUCCGAAGGCACCGGGAGCACCAGGAGCACCGCCUGCACCUGGUGGCCUUCCUCUUGAUUGGACGGAACACAAGGAUCCAGUGACUGGCAAAACGUACUACUACAACAAGCUAACAAAGGAGACAACAUGGGAGAAACCAGCCUCCUUGGCACCACCCAAGCCACUGGCUCCAGCCCUCCCAGGGGGUCUGCCACCAAACUGGGAGGAGCACAAAGACCCAUCAAGCGGCAAGACCUUCUAUUACAACAAGGUCACAAAGGAGACUUCCUGGGACAAGCCAAAGGGGGCUUCAGCACCCGCACCAGCCGCUCCAGCAGCGCCAGGGGGGUUGCCGCCUGAUUGGGAGGAGCACAAGGAUCCCUCGAGUGGGAAGACCUUCUACUACAACAAAGUGACCAAGGAGACAAGUUGGGACAAGCCAGCACCCAAGCCAGCGCUUGCAUCAGCUUUAAAGCCGGCUUUGCCUGGAUCUUCCCUUGGUGGGCUGCCGCCAAACUGGGAGGAGCACAAAGAUCCAUCCUCCGGCAAGACCUUCUACUACAACAAGGUCACAAAGGAGACAUCCUGGGACAAGCCAAAGGGAGCAGACCUGGGAGGACUUCCACCAAACUGGGAAGAGCACAAAGAUCCCUCAAGCGGCAAGACCUUCUACUACAACAAGGUCACAAAGGAGACAUCUUGGGACAAACCAAAGAGUCUAGCAGCGCCAGCAGCGCCAGCAGCACCUGGCGGAUUGCCACCUGAUUGGGAGGAACACAAGGACCCCUCAAGUGGCAAGACCUUUUACUACAACAAGGUCACAAAGGAGACAUCCUGGGAUAAACCCAAGGGUGCAGCACCGCCACUUCCUGGAGGAUUGCCACCUGAUUGGGAGGAGCACAAGGAUCCCUCGAGUGGGAAGACCUUCUACUACAACAAGGUGACCAAGGAGACAAGUUGGGACAAGCCAGCACCCAAGCCAGCCCUAGCACCGGCUUUAAAGCCGGCUUUGCCUGGAUCUUCCCUUGGUGGGCUGCCGCCAAACUGGGAGGAGCACAAAGAUCCAUCCUCCGGCAAGACCUUCUACUACAACAAGGUCACAAAAGAGACAUCCUGGGACAAGCCAAAGGGAGCAGACCUGGGAGGACUUCCACCAAACUGGGAAGAGCACAAAGAUCCCUCAAGCGGCAAGACCUUCUACUACAACAAGGUUACAAAGGAGACAUCUUGGGACAAACCAAAGGGGGCUUUACCAGCCGCUCCAGCAGCGCCAGGGGGGUUGCCGCCGGAUUGGGAGGAACACAAGGAUCCCUCGACUGGGAAGACCUUCUACUACAACAAGGUGACCAAGGAAACAAGUUGGGACAAGCCAAAAGGUGCUUCUGCCCCGGCUCCUGCAGCUCCAGGAGGGUUGCCACCUGACUGGGAAGAGCAUAAGGAUCCCUCGAGUGGAAAGACGUUUUACUACAACAAGGUGACCAAGGACACAAGUUGGGAUAAACCCAAGGGAGCAGCUGAUGCUGGCGGACUUCCUCCAAACUGGGAGGAGCACAAGGAUCCGUCCAGUGGGAAGACUUUCUACUACAACAAGGUCACCAAAGAAACAGCUUGGGACAAGCCAAAGGGAUUGCCUGCGGCUCCUGGAGGAUUGCCACCUGAUUGGGAGGAGCACAAGGAUCCCUCGACUGGGAAGACCUUCUACUACAACAAGGUGACCAAGGAGACAAGUUGGGACAAGCCAGCACCCAAGCCAGCCCUUGCGCCAGCCUUAAAGCCGGCUUUGUCUGGAUCUUCCCUUGGUGGGCUGCCGCCAAACUGGGAGGAGCACAAAGAUCCAUCCUCCGGCAAGACCUUCUACUACAACAAGGUCACAAAAGAGACAUCCUGGGACAAGCCAAAGGGAGCAGACCUGGGAGGACUUCCACCAAACUGGGAAGAGCACAAAGAUCCCUCAAGCGGCAAGACCUUCUACUACAACAAGGUCACCAAGGAGACAUCUUGGGACAAACCAAAGGGUGCAGCACCGCCAGCACCUGGAGGAUUGCCGCCUGAUUGGGAGGAGCACAAAGAUCCGUCCAGCGGCCGAAGUUUCUACUACAAUACUGUGACCAAGGAGUAUGGAAAGGGAAGUCUGGAAAGGGAAGUGUGA